GCCAGACACCCCUUAAAUUUUAUUGGUGUCGUUUGAAGAUUAAGCACACACACUUCAGGCAGGAAUUUGCGCUUGAACGGAAAUGUAGUCAGAGAGGCUGCUCGCGAGGCGGAAGUGAGGUUAGAGCAGUAGCAGUCUGCUCCGUCCAUGUUAUUAUUGUUAUUUUGGCUGUGUGAUGGUUCAAAGCGGAGCGCACGGACGGCGGCCAGCCCGGGAUUUCUCCGGUUACCAGCACAGACACGAACCGCUAGCAAGUCACUCGUUACACCUGCGCUUCUGUCCCGUGAUAGUUUGAUCACCAACGCUGACAAAACGACCAAACGUCGCUGUGCGCAGCGCUCGCGUCGCCGGACUGUCUUUAUUGUUGACACUGCAACAGACAUGAACGGCAUCACCAAGAGCAGAUUUGAGGUGUUCUCAAACAGUGAUGAGGCCCCAAUCAACAAAAAACUUCCCAAAGAGCUUCUGCUCAGGAUUUUCUCCUACCUGGAUGUUGUUACAUUGUGUAGGUGUGCUCAAGUAUCCAAGGCAUGGAAUGUUCUCGCGUUAGAUGGAAGCAACUGGCAGAAGAUUGAUCUCUUCAACUUUCAGACAGAUAUUGAGGGUCGAGUGGUGGAGAACAUCUCAAAGCGAUGUGGAGGGUUUUUGAGGCAGCUCAGUCUAAGGGGCUGCCUCAGUGUGGGCGAUGCCUCCAUGAAGACCUUUGCUCAGAACUGUCGCAACAUUGAGCAUCUGAACCUCAACGGCUGCACCAAGAUCACUGAUUCCACCUGCAUCAGCCUUAGCAAGUUCUGCUCCAAGCUCCGUCACCUUGACCUGACCUCUUGCGUGUCUAUCACCAAUCAUGCACUUAAGGCCUUAAGUGAGGGCUCCCGGAUGUUGGAGAAUCUGAACCUGUCCUGGUGUGAUCAGAUCUCGAGUGAUGGCAUUGAGGCUCUCAGCCGUGGAUGCGCAGGCCUCAGAGCACUGUUCCUGAGAGGCUGCACACAACUCGAUGAUACUGCACUGAAGCACCUUCAAAAGCACUGUCCUGUGCUCAUGACAAUCAACAUGCAAUCCUGCACACAAAUCACAGACGAUGGCUUUGUGAGUUUGUGCCGGGGCUGUCACAAACUACAGAUGGUGUGUGUGUCUGGCUGCAGCAACAUUACAGACGCCUCCCUGACCGCACUCGGCCUCAACUGCCAACAGCUCAAGAUCCUAGAGGCUGCUCGCUGCUCACAUGUGACCGAUGCUGGUUUCACUGUUCUAGCCAGGAAUUGUCAUGAUCUGGAGAAGAUGGAUUUAGAGGAAUGUAUUUUGGUGACUGAUAACACUCUAGUUCAGCUCUCAAUCCACUGCCCUCGGCUGCAGGCGCUGAGCCUGUCUCACUGUGAGUUGAUAACAGAUGAUGGAAUCAGACACCUGAGCAGCAGUGUGUGUGGUCACGAGCGUCUGCAGGUCGUGGAGUUGGACAACUGCCCCUUGAUCACAGACAUCACACUGGAACAUCUCAAAAGUUGCCAGCGUCUGGAACGCAUUGAGCUCUAUGACUGCCAGCAGGUCACCCGCGCGGGCAUCAAACGCAUUCGGGCUCACCUUCCUGAUAUCAAAGUCCAUGCCUACUUUGCCCCAGUCACACCCCCUCCCUCAGUGCAUGGAAGUGGCCAGCGUCUCUGCCGAUGCUGUGUCAUACUCUGACAGGAGGAGCCUCUGAGAGAUGCCAUAGAAAGUCAAGCUGUCAGUCAACCUCUAAACUCCGCCCUGCCCCGGCUCCACACCACUAUGAGACUCUGUGUGGGGAUGUGGCUAUGGGAGGCAUGGCUUGUUCGCUGAGCGGUUGCCUGGCAGCAGGAUGGACCUGAACAAGUUACGCAAAAUAAAUACAAUGCAACGUGACCUAUAAAUACUACGUACAUACAAUACAACCUACUGGAUAUACAAGAAGAAAAUCAAGGAGCUACCAUGUAAAAUAUUUCAUAUUUGGAUAUAUAGAAAACAAAUCUGAGGAAGUAAUUAAAGCAUUAUGGAACUACAGAAUAUGGAAUGAAUACACAAAGAACUUUGAGGCAUGUUUAAUGCCGUAAUGACAGCUACACAGUGUUUAGGUCCUGCUCCUCUUCCUCAACCAAUAGGAAUGCAUUCUCUCAAGAUGAGAACCGAUAGCAAAAACAGAAAACCCUUUGGAGUUUUGUAGGAUACUCCUACCGCUCUUUGAUCAUGUGACUUUCUCAAACCUGGGAGCAGGACGUUUGAGCGUUUCGUCUGGUUUGCGUGUGUGUGAGAAUGUUUAAACAGAGAAAACAAAACAUAACACUACAACAAAAUCAACCCGUAUUAAAACUGAAGUAAAAUGGUUUUUAUUUUCUGUUAGUGCUCACACUCAUUUUGAGAGAGAAAAACAACAUUUGCAAUUGAAAUCAAGUGAGCGAGUGAGGGGAUGAGAGAUUGAGAAAGACUGAGAUUGUGCAUGCCAGUUGAUUUCGCUCCAGUGCGGAGUUAAUUUAACAUCAUAAUUGAUGUGAAUGUUCAAAUUUAGACAAUAUUCAUUAACUAAGGGUAAGUGAGGGUGGGGGUGGGGGGACGGGGGGUCAUAUGGGAUAGAUUAACAUUUGACUUUCACAAUGUUUCAGUGCAAUAUUGAAAGCCCAGGCGUAUGUAACUGUGGUGUGUGACAGGAUCCAGAACACUCCUUAUUCAGGCAUUUCCUAGGCAACAGUCUCAAUAGUAUUCUCAUGGCAAUGUCCCUGGUUCUAGAGAGAAGCCCCUGUAUCCUCACUUCUUUAUAUUCACUGCCAAUUACAUGUCAUCGAGCUUAUAGAUGUGAUCUCAGCAUAAUGUUACACAAAAAUUAACAAUAAGAAUCAGGCAAAAAUGGCCAUUUUUAACAAUGCAAUCAUGAUAUAAUUUAAAGUAUACCAUCGGAUGCAUAAAACUUAUGUUCAACGGGGUUUACAGGGAUUAGUUCACCUAAAAUUGAAAAUUCUAUCAUCAUUUGCUCACCUUCAUGCCAUCCCAGAUGUGCAUGACUUUCUUUCUUCUGCAGAACACAAAUAAAGAUUUUUAGAAGAAUAUUUCAACUCUGUUGGUGCUUUCAAUGCAAGUGAAUGGUGGCCAGAACUCUGAAGCUCCAAAAAGCACAUAAAGGCAGCAGAAAAGUAAUCCAUACGACUUCAGUGGUUUAAUCCUUGUCUUCAGAAGCAAUAGGUGAUAGGUGUGGGUGAGAAACAGUUUAAUAUUUGUCUUUUUUUACUAUAAAUCUCCACUCUCACUGACACUUUAACAUUCUUUUUGUUUUGUUUUUGGCAAUUUGUAUUCUUCUUGCAUAUCGCCACCUACUGGGCAAGGAGGAGAAUUUAUAGUAAAAAAGGACUUAAAUAUUGAAAUGUUUCUCACCCACACCUAUCAUAUUGCUUAAGAAGUCAUGGAUUUAACCACUGGAGUCUUAUAGAUUACUUGUAUGCUGCCUUUAUUUGCAUUUGGAGCUUCAAAGUUUUGGUACCAAAUCACUUGCAUUGUGAGAAGCAAUUGUGAGGAUAUUCUUCUAAAAAUCUUUGUGUUCAGCAGAAGAAAGAAAGUCAUACACUUCUGGGAUAGCAUGAGGGUGAGUAAAUUUUAAUUUUUGGGUGAACUAUCCCUUUAAGAAUGCUGCAUAUUUCUUUAAAUACAUGUUGAGUCAUGCUGAUGAAAACAGCUGCUGGGUGGAUCAUCUAAUCAAUAUAAAUGCUUUUUCGUUGUGAGUGCCUUUGAUUUUGCAGUUGGGGGAGGGAUGGAAUUACAGCCACAGAAAUGCUUGACUCAGGGCUGCGGUGUAGUUCUUCACAUUUCUUUUCUCUUGUAUUCCCUGUUUAGUUGGUUUUUACCAUUAGAUCUGAUUAUGAUGAAGUACUACAUCAUUUACUGUCAAUGCAUACACCAGUGAUUCCAAUAUUCCUUAUAUCGACCAUGUCGCUUUGGAAGGCAAUACUAAACCUGUUACAGAAAGUGACGUUUGUUUUGAAUUGCUCUUUAACAGUUGAUCGGUUCCCCUUCUCUCUGAUAUUUUUGACAAAGAUGAAACAAGUUACCUGAAUGUCCUUGUGUUCUGGUUGUUAAUGUGACAUUUCUUUAAAUAAAAGUUAUGAACAGUGUGUCACAUUCUGGAUUGGUUCUUAUGAUUCCAAACCUUUCAUUAUCGAAACGAAUAAAUGCGGCUUGGUGGUUUUAAUAGUACAUCAUUUUCUCCAGCUAGCAUUUCUGAUCUCUUCAUGAUUUAUACUAAUCUACUUGACCAGGACUUAAAAAAUAAGACACGGUGAUGUCAUUUAGUUCUGUUGGUAUCUGUAUGUUGUUGUCUUUCUUGAUUCUUUAACAUGUGUCCUUUAGAUAUGUAUGUAUAUGUCUGCCUAUUUACAAUAUAUACUUUUAAAAUUUAGCUUGACAAGCUACAAGCUGCUGAUAAUUUAAAGUAAGCUACACUCAAACUACUCGUUUGAUAAAGUAGUUAGCUGCACUACAAGCUCCUAACAAAAAUGUCAAACUGCACUGAAGUUCUUUUUACUAUUUUACUAUUGGAAUAAA